AUGGAGAACAUCAUACACAUUGAUGAGAAAUGGUUCUACUUGAACCCAGAUACAAGGAGAUUUUAUUUAUUGCCAAGAGAAGAUGAUCCAUAUAGAUGUUGCCAAUCAAAGAGAUUCAAAAUUAAAGCAAUGUUUAUGGGGGUGACAUCAAAACCAAUGUAUGAUGCUGAAGGUAAUCUGAUUCAUGAUGGCAAGUUUGGCAUCUUUCCUUUUGUAGAGAGGGUGGCAGCAAAAUACACUACCAAAAAUAGAGAUAAGGGCACUAUUGAAACCAAGGCUGUUGAGAGGAUCACUCAGAAGGUCAUUAGAGACAUGAUUAUACAGAAUGUACUGCCAUCUAUAAUGAGUAAAUGGCAUGCUGGUCUGUCCAAGGAUAUAUUCAUCCAACAGGAUAAUGUUAGGCCUCACAUACAAGGAAAUGAUGAGGCAUUCAAGGUAGCAGCAACUCAAAAUGGGUUCAACAUCAUGCUCAUUCAACAGCCACCUCAGUCCCCAGAUUUAAAUUGGAUUAUGGUUGAGAUUCUACAGGUUAAAGGAGGUUAUAAUUACAAGAACCCUCAUCAUGGAAAAGCAAGAUUAGAAAGGUUGGGUCUUCUCCCCAAGAAUGUCAAAUGUGAUCAAGUUAUUGUGGAUGAAGCUGUGCACUAUUUGAAUGAGAAGUUACCAAAUGAAAGUGAAGAACUUGAGUACUUUGACAAUGAGGGGGUUAUUGAUGAAGACUAA